UUCCACUUUACCACUCCCACUAACAAUUCAACUCACACUUAGCUUUGAAUCUUCCAACUUUAAUUUAACAAUGGCGGAUUCAUCAAACACUGAUCCCCGCAGCGGAUUCUGCACAUCCAACUCCACCUUCUACAGCAAGCGCAACCCAAUCCCUUUACCUGCCAACCCCUCCCUCGACGUCACCACCUUCAUCUCCUCCCGCUCCCACCACGGCCACGUCGCCUUCAUCGACGCCGCCACCGGCCGCCGCCUCUCCUUCUCCGAUCUGUGGCGCGCCGUGGACGCCGUCGCCUCCUCCCUCUCCUCCGACUUCGGCAUCCGCAAGGGCCACGUCAUCCUCCUCCUCACCCCCAACUCCAUCUACUUCCCCAUCGUCUGCCUCGCCGUCAUGUCCCUCGGCGCCGUCAUCACCACCACCAAUCCCCUCAACACCGCCCGCGAGAUCGCCAAACAGAUCUCCGAUUCCAAACCCUCGCUCGCCUUCACCAUCCCUCAGCUCCUCCCCAAACUCGCCGAUUGCAGUAAUCUCCCAAUCGUCCUCUUAGGCUCCGGAGAUCCGAUUUCUGGAUCCAAUUUCAAAAUUAUUUCAACGAUUGAGGAUAUGAUGAAGCGAGAACCGAGUCAGAUCCGAGUCAGGGAGCGAGUCGACCAGGACGACGCGGCGACGCUGCUCUACUCCUCCGGAACGACCGGCGCGAGCAAAGGCGUGGUCUCCUCUCAUAAAAACCUAAUCGCGAUGGUGCAGACGGUGGUGAAUCGGUUCAAAUUGGAGGAAGGGAAGGAGAUCUUCAUCUGCACGGUGCCGAUGUUUCACAUCUACGGAUUAGUAGCAUUCGCCACCGGUCUAAUCGCAUCCGGAUCUACGGUGGUGAUCCUCUCCAAAUUCGAGAUGGAUGAGAUGCUGAUAGCGAUCCAGAAAUUCUCGGCGACGUAUCUCCCGCUGGUGCCGCCGAUCCUCGUGGCGCUGGUGAACCACGCCGACGGCGUGAAGCGGAAGUACGAUCUGAGCAGCCUCCGCGCGGUGCUCUCGGGCGGCGCGCCGCUGAGUAAGGAGGUAAUUGAGGGUUUCGCGGAGAAGUACCCUGGCGUAGCGGUGCUGCAGGGGUACGGACUGACGGAAUCGACGGGGAUCGGAGCGUCGACGGACUCGGAGGAGGAGAGCCAGAGAUACGGAACGGCGGGGUUGCUGUCGCCGAGCAUGGAGGCGAGGAUUGUGGAGCCGGAGAGUGGGAAGGCAUUGCCGGUUAAUUGCACCGGCGAGCUUUGGCUCAGGGGUCCCUCUAUUAUGAAAGGUUACUUCAGCAACGAAGAGGCGACAGCUUCUACUCUAGAUUCACAAGGGUGGUUGAGAACCGGAGAUCUUUGCUACAUUGAUGAAGAUGGCUUCAUUUUUGUUGUAGACAGAUUAAAGGAGCUCAUCAAGUACAAGGGCUAUCAGGUUCCUCCUGCAGAACUGGAGGCUUUGCUGCUCACUCAUCCAGAAAUAGAUGAUGCUGCUGUGAUACCGUUCCCAGAUAAGGAUGCCGGACAAAUUCCAAUGGCGUAUGUGGUGAGGAAAAAGGGAAGCGCGGUGACAGAGAGCCAAGUGAUGGAUUUCAUUACUCAACAGGUGGCUCCAUAUAAGAGAAUUCGAAGAGUGGCGUUCGUGGCUUCUGUCCCGAAGAAUCCCUCGGGCAAGAUACUCAGAAAGGAUCUAAUCAAGCUUGCUGUCUCUAAAAUAUAAUGUAUCAAUUGGAUUUCAAGUUUUUAUGUAGCUUGGUUUGUUGCAUCAAUAAUGUAAUAUUUCACACUAUAUAUAACAUAAUUCAAUAGGUUGUAA